AUGUUUACAUAAAGACUUUAUAAAUUCAAAAAAUUGAUAAAUAAAUAAUAUUUUCGCUUUUCAUCUUUGAAUUUCAAUAAAUAAUAUGAUGUAAUAGUUAUUGGUGGAGGCCAUGCAGGUUGUGAAGCAGCUCAUGCAUCAUCUAAAAUUGGAGCAAAAACCCUUUUAUUAACAUAAAAAAAGGACACAAUAGGAGAAAUGAGUUGCAACCCUUCUAUGGGGGGAAUAGGUAAAGGAACACUAAUAAGAGAAGUAGAUGCAUUAGGAGGGAUAAUAGGAAAAAUAAGUGAUUUAUCAGGUAUUUAAUUUAAGGUUUUGAACUCAAGUAAAGGAGUAGCUGUAUAAGGUCCAAGAGCAUAAAUAGACCGAGAAAUAUAUAAAAGAAAUAUGCAAAAUUAUUUAUUUAACCAUACAUCUAAUUUAGAUAUAUUAGAAGCAAGUUGCGAAAACUUAAUAAUAGAUGAAAAUGAAAAUAAAAUAAAGGGAAUAAUAACUUAAAAUAAUGAAGAAAUUCAAUGCUAAAAAGUAAUAAUUACAACUGGAACAUUUCUUAGAGCUUAUUGCUAUAUUGGAAAUAUAAAAUAUCCAGCAGGCAGACAUUUAAGAAAUUCAGAAAAAGUAGAACCCCCAUCAAUAGGUUUAGCGUAUACUCUCGAAAAAUACAAAUUUGAUAUCAAUAGAUAUACAACAGGUACACCUGCAAGAAUAGAUAAAUCGACGAUAAAUUUCGAAGGAUUAAAAACACAAGAAAGUGAUUAAAAAAUAACUCCUUUUAGUUUUAUAAAUUAAUUUAAUUAGCCAUUUAAACCAUUAAAUCCUUUAAUAAGAUGUUAUAUGACGGAAACAAAUGAUAUAACACAUGAAAUAAUAAAUAAAAAUAGACAUUUGUUGCCCACUUUUUAAGGAAAUAACGGAAAAGGAUAAGGACCAAGAUACUGUCCUGCAAUCGAAAAGAAGGUUGACCGUUUUCCUUAAAAAAAAAGCCAUUAAGUUUGGUUAGAACCAGAAGGAAUUGAAAAUAAUGUAGUUUAUCCAAAUGGUUUAAAUACUGCUUUUCCAGAAGACAUUUAAGUAGAAAUUUUAAGGUCAAUAAAAGGUUUGGAAAAAUGUAAAAUCAUUAGACCUGGUUAUGCAGUUGAAUAUGAUUUUGUAAAUCCUUAAGAGCUUAAAAAAACUCUUGAAACUAAAAAGAUUUCAGGAUUAUAUUUUGCAGGAUAAAUUAAUGGAACUACAGGAUAUGAAGAAGCUGCUUGUUAAGGAAUUAUUGCAGGUAUUAAUGCUGCGAGAUCAUUUUUGAGAAAAGAAGAGCUUAUUCUUGGAAGAGAAGAGGCUUUUAUUGGAGUUUUAAUUGAUGAUUUGAUUAGUUUAGGAGUUACGGAACCUUACAGAAUGUUCACUUCAAGGUCAGAGUUUAGGAUUAGUUUAAGGGCAGAAAAUGCAGAUUUUCGACUUAGUGAUUAUGCUAUAAAAUUAGGAAUGUUAACCAAAGAAUAGGAAGAAAUUUUUGAAAAAAAGAAAGAAAUGAAGAAAUAAAGUAAAGUCUUUUUAGAAUCGUUUAUUUUAAAAGGACAUUAAUGGUAAAAAAAUUUAAAUAUAAAAAUUAAUCAAGGAAAAUUAUCAGCGGCGGAUAUAUUAGUAAAAUAUGAAGUAAAAAUCGAUGAUAUAUAAAAUGCUUUUUUUUAAUAAUUUAAAGUACCAGAUUAAAUUAAAAAUCAUUUAGAAGCUGAAUAUAAAUAUAAAUUCUGUUUAGACAAAUAAGCUUAAGUAUUUUUUCUCUUUUCUUUUCUGAAAAUUAAAUUAAUUAUUAUAUAUUACUAAUAGGAAAUAUUUAAUUUAAAAUAAAACGAAAUCGAUAUUUCAAAUAUUGAUUAUAAAAAUAUUAAAUUCGCAGCAACUUAAGAAGAAAUUGAACUUUUGAAAAAAUUCAAGCCCAAUACUAUAUAUGCUGCAAGUAGAAUACCUGGAAUGAGAUCUUCUACGUUAACUUUUUUAUAUUAUUAGGCUAAAAAACAUUAUUUAUAAGACAUUAUUAAUUCUUGA